AUGGACGAAUUAAAGGUGUCCCAAGACCAAGACCCAAUUGAGGAAGCUCACCAUGAUGUUGAAGAAAUUGAUCGAUUGGUGAACGACUUCCUAGCUCGUCCGACCAGCAAUCCAGGUGAUUGCGGAGACGUUGUUUUCAAGGACUUAUCUGUAAUAGGAGCAGGUGUUGGGUACCAACUUGUUAACAAUGUUCCCGAAGCAUGCAUUCGACUGUUGAAACUUGCAAAUCCAGCUACCUGGUGGUCUCAUAAGCCUACGCCAUCUCGGAUUCUGCUCCACAAGUUGACCGGCACAAUUCGCGAGGGAGAGAUGAUGGUGGUAGUCGGGCGACCAGGCAGUGGCUGUACAACUCUUCUUAAAGCCCUAGCGAACAUGCGGGAUGAGUAUCUCAGCAUGGAGGGAGAUGUGUGGUAUGGUUCUCUAAGUGCAGCUGAAGCGAUGAAGAAUAGACCCGAUCAAAUUGCUUUCGUCGGGGAAAAUGAUGUUCAUUUUCCAUCGCUGUCUGUAAGCACCACGCUUCGAUUUGCCCUCAAUGCCCGGCGCGGUACCUCGCAACUAGAUCGCACAUCGAACCUCGAACAAGACCUACAAACUGUGCUGGAACUCAUGGGUCUCAGCCAUGCAGCUGAUGUACGUAUCGGAAGUGAUCAUAUUCGCGGAGUCAGUGGUGGACAGCGUCGUCGAGUAUCUCUCGCUGAGGCAUUUUGCACCCGUGCAAGUUUGUUUUGCUUUGAUAAUCCUACACGUGGAUUGGAUUCCUCAACUGCAAUCCGCUUUCUCACUGUUCUCCGGGAAUAUACGAGGCGCAGUGGAUGUUCAGCAGCAAUGUCUUUGUAUCAGGCCAGCGACCUGGCUAUUUCCCUAUUUGACAAAGUGUUAGUACUCAACGAGGGCCAUGUAGCCUACUACGGUCCUGUUUCUUCUGCCAAGGCGUACUUCGAAUCCCUCGGAUUUUACUGCUCGCCCCGAACUUCUGUAUCAGACUUCCUUGCAUCCAUGUCGGGGACUCCAGAUGGUCGAAUCCCCCGCGACGAUCUUCAGCGCCCAGUCCCUCUUCACCCAGUCGAUUUUGAAGCCCGAUUUUGGGAUAGCAGCUUCUAUCAGCAGGCAGUCGAGCAAGCCAAGGCGCCCGAGCCCACAUCGGCGGUCAUAAAGCCCUCUGGAUACGCUCUUCCAUUCCAUCGUCAGAUCUACGAGUGCACUAUCCGUCAUUAUCGCAUUUUUAUGACUGAUAGGGCGGCUUGGAUUGCAGAAGCUGCAGGCACCAUUGUGCAAGCUCUUCUUCUUGGAACUCUGUUUAGAAACCAACGCGCUCUGACCGAGGGGCUAUACACACGUGGCUCAGCUUUAUUCUUUUCUGUGCUCAUUAUGGGACUUCAAGCAUCUGCCGAAUUUGGAAAUACCUUCGUUCAACGCCCAAUUUUGUUGAAACAGAAGGCCUUGCGAUUUUACCGACCCGGAGCGUACGCGCUAGGACAGAUACUCGCCGAUGUGCCAUGGAAGCUAAUUUUUAUCCUCUACUCUCUUCCAAUCUACUGGAUGAUAGGCUUUGAGCGCACGGCCAGUCAUUUUUUCACGUGGCUGGUUUGUCUUUACGUGGGCUUGAUGGCCCUUUGCGUGAUGUUCCGGGCGAUUGCGGUAUUUACAACCUCUAUCACUCGAGCUGUUCUGCCAGUUGGCCUGCUUCUCAAUGUCCUAAUUAUCUACACCGGCUUCUAUAUCACCCCACCGGGUAUGAAAGUUUGGCUGGGAUGGAUCCGGUACCUUGAUCCAAUGUACUAUAUAUUUGAGUCCAUCGCCCUGAACGAGAUUGGGAGCAGCACGUACCAAUGCAGUCCCAAAGAUACCGUGCCCGAAGGAUUGUUAUAUACUGACACCAGGUAUCAGACGUGUGCGGUGUCGGGCUCUCUUCCCGGUCACCUAGACGUUUCGGGGAAGCUGUAUCUUAUGGCUGAAUAUGGGUUCCAGUCUCUUCACAAGUGGCGGAAUGUCGGUAUCAAUGCUGCCUUUUUCGUCUUCUUUUCAUGUCUAGUCACAAUCGGAAUGGAGAAAUUCCGUCAUGCGGCUGAGCGCAUGUCGACUAUUUAUUAUCAAAAAUUACCGUGGAAAAACACAUCAACGCUUGAUUUGGCAGAUAUCGAAAACCCACAACCAACUGGUGAAAUUGGAAAAUCCGAGAAAAUCUCGGAUAGCGAGUCGGCUGUUAACCAACUUGAGCCAAAUAAGCAUGUCUUUGCAUGGCAGGAUCUGACUCUUGAAUUGGGCAGCGGCAAGCACUUGCUUCAGAAUGUGUCAGGGUGGCUUCAACCAGGCUCAAUGACUGCGCUGAUGGGCAUGUCUGGUGCGGGAAAGACGACUCUUCUUGAUACCCUUGCGCAGAGGAUACAGAUUGGUGUUUUGUCUGGAGGGCUUUAUCUUGAUGGAGGUCCACUUCCAGCAUCGAUGAGUCGUCAAACCAGCUUCGUUCAUCAGAAUGAUAUUCAUCUUGAUUCGUCCACGGUACGAGAAGCCCUCCAGCUUAGUGCGAGACUCCGCCGCCCGACAGAUAUUUCCUUCGAAGAGAAGAUGUCGCAUGUUGAAAUGGUCAUCAAACUCUUGGACAUGGAAGAUAUUGCUGAUGCUGUCAUCGGUGUUCCGGGUGCUGGACUCGACUUGGAGAGACGCAAGCGUGUCAGUAUCGGAGUGGAGCUGGCAGCUAAGCCUGAUAUCCUUUUGUUCCUUGAUGAACCCACCUCGGGCUUAGAUGGUAAUUCGGCACUUUCAAUCGUCCAGCUGAUGCGCAAGCUUUCACACGCCGGACAAACCAUUUUGUGCACGAUUCACCAACCGUCCUCCCAGAUGAUUGAACAAUUUGACUCAUUGCUGCUUUUGAUCCCUGGCGGGAAGACUAUGUACUUUGGCUCCCUUGGCCCUCGGUGUCAAACAAUCAUUGACUACUUCGCUCGCUAUACACGCCGCUGCAAAGACACCGAAAAUCCAGCUGACUACCUACUGGAUAUCAGUGCUGACCCCCAAGAAGACUGGUUUAAGACAUGGCAAGAGUCGCCCGAAUUCAAGGCUACGCAGGAUAACCUUCAACGUCUGCUUGAGAAAAAAGAUGUUACAGCCUCUGUGGGGUCUGAUCGAGCUCAUGCUGCCUCUUAUCUCGAGCAGCUUCGUGUGGUCACUCAACGUGCGUUCACCAAUUACUGGCGUGACUCGGACUAUGUGCUGGGAAAGAUCCAGCUUAACGUCUGGAUGGGCCUGAUGAACGGACUGACCUUCCUGCAACUAUCCAACGACCUGACAGAUUCUCGCGGUCGCAUGUUCUCCAUCUUCGUGGGUGUAAUUACCGGGCCUGUUCUCAGUCUUCAGAUCGAGCCCAAGUUCAUCAUCCUGCGGGACCAAUUCCUAGCCCGAGAGAAUGAGUCGCACGUCUAUCAUUGGAGCGUAUUUACAAUAAGUGCCCUGCUUGUGGAGAUUCCGUUCACCCUGCUGGGAGGCCUGAUCUACUGGCUACUCUGGUACUACAUGGUGGGUUAUUUCACCAUCUCAACGCGCGCGGGCUAUGCAUUCCUCAUGUACGAGCUUUACUCGCUCUUCGUGGCCAGUCUAGCCCAGUUUACGGCAGCUCUCUUCCCUACCGUUCUAGCUGCGCAGGUUGCCACUGGCUUCGUAUGGCUGGUGGUUAAUACCUUCAACGGGCCGCUCUCACCACCUCCCCUGACUCCGAGCGGUUGGCGCUGGUUUUACAACAUUUCUCCGCUGUUCUAUUUUGUCGAAGGCAUUGGUACUAAUGCUAUGCAUGCCCUGGAAAUUACUUGCCGAGACUCCGAGCUGAACAUCUUCAACUCCCCACCAUCGGAAAGUUGCGGCUCCUAUGCUGGCGCGUACUUCAGCCAGUCUAACUCGACAGGAUAUUUGGUGGAUCCAAGCGCAACGGGACGGUGCGAAUACUGCAGUUAUGCUGAUGGAGAUCAAUAUGUCAAACAAUACGACUUUAGUUAUUCACAGAGAGGCCAUAAUGUGGGAAUCUUCAUUGGGUUCAUUCUCUUCAAUUACACGAUGGCUGUCGUGGCGACGUAUCUGAUCUUCAUUUUCAAAUGGCGGAAACGGUCGCGAGGGUGA